AUGCAUACCAUGCAGAACAUUGUUACCUCCCUAUAUAUGUGCUGCACUUUCUUUAUAGAAUCCGCUAAAGCCUACAAAGAUCACGGCUUCCGGAUGAUGAGCAUUUGGUUACAUGGCGUUGAGGCAGAUCCAAAUGCCAUGGAGCAACUUCAAGCUGCCCUAGUAGCCAUCGGAAAGAAAGAACGAGCGGAUAAGUUACAACAUGACUAUCAUAAGGUACUGCACGGACACAAGAACUGGAAGCAGAAGUUGGAAGUACCGACGCACCGGAAACGACGGUAG